AUGAAAAGAUCAGAAUAUGACAUACAAGCUUAUGUUAAUGAAAGUUUAAAUCGACAACAUGGUUUAGAUAGUCCUGAAGGAUCAGCAGCAUUGACACAGGCCAACAAACCUGAAGUUGAUGGAACUGACAUGCAAAAGGAACAAUUUCUCGCUAAAUAUGAAGAGAAACAAUCGACAGUGUCUGGAAAUCUGAAGAAAAUCGUUCUGCAUUCAUUUUCAAAUCUGAAAAGUUCAAAUGGAAUUAUUUAA